CCAAUCAACAAUGACGGUCGUAUUAAUUACGGGUUGCAGCCAAGAUGGGAUUGGAGAGGCACUCGCAUCUAGUUUCCAUAGAGCGGGAUGUCAUGUCAUAGCGACGGCACGAAACGCCGCCAAAAUGGGCCGAUUGACUGACGCAGGGAUUAUGACGAUGGAAUUAGAUGCUACUAGUGACGAGAGUGUCAAUGGCGUUGCAAAGAAACUAAAAGAUGACGGCAUUGUCUUGGAUAUCCUGGUGAACAACGCAGGUAUUAUUAACAACAGUCCACUCGUCGAAACCUCCCUGGAUGUUGCGCAGAAGGUCAUAGACACAAAUACUAUCGGUACUUUUCGAGUGACUAAGGCAUUUACAACUGAUAUGAUACAGGCGAGAAAAGGUCUCAUUUUGAAUGUGAGCUCCGUCGUCGGAAGAAUGCCACUUCCUUUCGGAGGUUUCUACGCUAUCAGCAAAUCAGCUAUCAAUACGAUGUCAAUAGUAUUGCGUUCCGAACUUGAACCAUUCAAUAUCAAAGUUAUGGUGCUUGAACCAGGGGCCGUCAAGUCAAACAUCGUCAACAACCAAGCUGGAGGAUAUGAACCAUCAGACGAUUCGCCCUAUUACCCUAUCAAAGAUCUCAUCAUCAAUAGACUGCAACUUUCUCAAAUCCACUCCACAGCACCAGGUAGGGAUGUAUUUGCAGACGAUGUUGUGAGACAUGCCUUGCAGAAGUCGCCGCCUAUCACUCUCAUCACGGGAGGAAAAGCCUGGUUGUUCAAGGUAUUAACACACCUGCCUAUUUCUUGGGUACAAUGGCUCUUCUCGCACCGAUUUGGUUUGAAAAAGCUGAAAAACAUUGUAUCAAAUGAAAGCAACAAAAAUGAUUAGCGAGUUAAUAUAUAGUAUAGAUCAUUCAAGCAAACAAAAGUAAUUAGCAAGUUGUUGUGAUAUCGUAUAGAUCAUUCAAUAAGUACAUUUAAAAACAUAUAAAAGAAAAUAGUAUAAACGACCAAAAGAAAAUACAAACUAGUAAAACCUUUCCUAAGUUUGACAGCUUGAUAAUUCCUGUUUUCCCCUGUUUCCAUAGAACUGUGAAAUAUAUAUAUUUUUUCGAAUAGAAAUGCAAAGAAGUUUGAUGCGAUUUUUAAUGCUUAGAAUAAAGUGAAGAAACUACCAACCAAUGAUAAUGUCCUUAUAAAACAGUGGAAUGAUAAUAGUUGAAGCUAAACAGCUCAUAAUGAUCAAGUAAAUAAAGCCAUACUUAUAAAAGACUCUCCUACGCUCGAUUUGGAUUUUGCGUGAGUAGAUAGGCGGUCUAAUUUGCUUUGAUGGCUUUAACCAAAACAAUGCGGUUGAAUGUAUUCUAUCAAAUCCUGGUAUUAAAGUUGGAAUUGCGAGUAUAAAGAAUAAAAUAUGACACAGCAAGAAGUCAGCUGUAAAGAGUGAACAUUCUGCUAACUUUGCGAAAAAUUCCCUCAAUGGGUGUGUCAUUAUAUGCUGGCCUAAUCCUGUGUACCACCAUUUUCCGCUCCACCAAGCUCUAUUAGUUUCAUCGUUUUUGAUCUCUCUGCCAAGGAACAUUGCUACUAUGGAUUUGACAACCGCUCUUUGUAUAGCCAUUGAAGCAAUUAUACCGAGAAGUGUGCUUGUACCUCUCCAGUUCUCUAAAUACCAGAGGUAUUCGAAGGUGACAAUUUGUCCAAGAACUGCAACAGCAUGUACGAAAGUUGCCAUAGCUGCGGGAUAUGCCUCCCAUUCUGUCGACAACUUUCUACCGUAGAAGUAUGACAGUAAGAAACCAGACACCAAAACCACAGCGUUUAAUGCGAUCGGUGCAAACGCAAUGUAAAGUAUCCUUAUCAACAUACUUGGCUUCUCAAUAUACUCAUUUUUUAUUGAGUUCAUGAACAUGUAAGCGAGAGUAAAAACGAAUGCCAUGAAAGCUGGCCAGACGAUCUCAGAGAAUAAGACCACCUGCCAUCCUGCUUUAGCGCUAUCAUCGAGGUACUUCUCCGAAGGCAGACCGAGGAUCUUUUUACGGUAACCCGUUACACGCGUACGUGAAAGACGACAGAAACUGAUCCAGGAAUUUGAGUGCGAUUUGGCAUUACCUCUCGACAUCCAAUGGAGGUAUUCACGAUAGUCAAUUAUAAAGUCAUGCAGAGAAAAUUGAUGUGGGUUGAAUGCGAACGGAGC